UUGUGGAGAUGUGGAGUAUCUUACUGGCGUUCUGUGUGGUUUUCCAGCCCAAUUCAGCUGAGGAAGUGAUGCUGCUGGACACAUCAGAGUCGACGUCGGAGCUGGGGUGGACCACGUAUCCGGACACAGGGUGGGAUGAGGUCUCUGUUUUGGACGACAAAGGGAAGCUCAUCCGGACGUUUGAGGUGUGUAAUGUGAACCAGAACUCUCGGCAGCAGGAUAACUGGCUGGCCACUCCAUUCCUGCUCCGACGCUCUGCUCCCAGGAUCUUCGUCACCCUCACGUUCUCUGUCCGGGACUGUGCCAGCCUGCGGUCGCCCUCCCCCUCCUGCAGAGAGACCCUCACACUCUUCUACAAACAGGCCGACUCACAGAGGGAGCUGGAGAGGACCUGGGCAGCAGAGCCAUCCAGUGGGGACAGGGAGACAAGAGAGGGCUGGGUGAAGAUCGACACCAUUGCGGCUGACAAAAGCUUCUCUAAAGUGGAGCCCAGUUCUCCGCACCAGUACCAGCCAAACAGAUACAGCCGCAUCAACGUGAAGACGCGCAGCUUUGCCCCGCUCACACGCAAUGGAUUCGUGCUAGCCAUUGUGGACAGUGGAGCCUGCGUUUCUCUUAUGGGAGUAUCUAUCUUUUACCGCCGCUGUCCUGGCACCAGUCUGCACUUGGCGUCGUACCCAGCCACGCCCUCCGGGGCCGAGCCCACGGCCCUGGUGCCAGUGACGGGUACAUGUGUGCCCCACAGCAAAGCCCAGGGCGGCUCUCCGCGCAUGCACUGUAACGCAGAGGGAGAGUGGAUGGUGCCUGUGGGAGGAUGUGUCUGUGAUGAAGGUUAUGAACCCAACCACAACGGCUCAGCGUGCCUCGCGUGUCCGAGCGGAUACUUCAAGCCUCUGUCUGGCCCCGCUUGCGCGCUGUGCCCCCCCAACAGUCGGACCAGUCUGGACGGAGCCUCUGUGUGCGAGUGUCGAAGCGGCUUCUACCGAGCGGCCAACGACGCCAACUCCUCUGCCUGCACUACUCCUCCCUCUGCCCCCGUGGCCCUGACCUGGGAAUACGAGAGCGGUGAUGGAGGCGUGUCUCUGAGGUGGCGCCCCCCGCUGGACAUGGGCGGUCGCAGCGAGGUGUGGUAUGGCGUGGUGUGUCGGAUCUGCCCCUCGCCUACAAUUUCUAACCCUGCCCUUUGCUCCUGGUGUGGGGAGGGGGUCACGUUCAGCCCCUCUCAGACCAACCUGAAGCAGACCAAAGUCACGCUCAACAACCUGCUCACCCGAGUCACCUAUCUCAUACAGGUGCAGGCUAUGAACGAGGUGUCUGCUCUCAGUCCUUUUCCAGCUCGAUACACAAGCAUCAAUUUCACCACCAGUCAGUCAGUCCCCAGUAUAGUUCCCAUGAUGCACCAGCUGAGCCGCGCCCCAGACUCCAUCACUCUGUCCUGGCCUCAGCCCGACCGGCCCAAUGGAGACAUCAUGGAGUACCAGCUCCGCUACUUCGACAAGGGGUCAGAUGAGGACAGUGCUCACACCAUCUUCAGUGAGACGAACACAGUGAGUGUGGGCUCACUGGUCCCCGGCUCCAUCUACGCCUUCCAGAUCCGAGCCCGAAACGAACGUGGAUUUGGACCUUACAGCAACACCAUCUACUUCACCACUCUGCCCCUGGAGGAGCACUCCCAGCAGAUCGAGCACCGGCUGCCUCUGCUCGUGGGCUCCGUGAUGGGAGGGGCCGCCUUCCUCCUCGUCGUCAUCGCCAUCAUCGUGGUCCUGGUGUUUCGCAGUAAGAGAAGAGAAAGCCCAUACAGCGAUAGACUGCAGAGAUACAUGAGUAACAAAGGUGGGGUCAAAUAUUAUGUGGACCCGUCGACUUAUGAGGACCCCAGUGAAGCUGUUAAAGAAUUUGCCCGAGAGAUCGACCCCACACACCUGAAGAUCGAGGAGGUGAUUGGAGCAGCCCAGUUUGGAGAGGUGUCUCGUGGGCGCUACCGUCCUCUGGGCCGCAGAGAGGUGCUGGUGGCGGUGAAAACCCUGAGGUGGGGCGCUUCUGACAGAGAGAGGGGCAUGUUCCUCAGUGAGGCGGGGGUCCUAGGGCAGUUUGACCACCCCAAUGUCCUGAAGUUGGAGGGAGUGGUCACACGCACCACUCCUGAGAGGAUCGUCACCGAGUUUAUGGAGAACGGACCACUCGAUGCUUUCCUCAGGGAGAACGAAGGCCAGUUCAGUGUGCUGCAGUUGGUCGGGAUGUUGCGAGGAGUGGGAGCAGGGAUGCGGUAUCUUGCAGAGAGAAACUUUGUUCAUCGAGACCUGGCAGCUCGGAACAUUCUGGUGAACUCCAACCUGGUGUGUAAAGUGUCUGACUUCGGCCUGUCCCGUCUCAUGAGGGGGCUGGACCACAACAUCCCAACAUACACGGCAUCACUGGGAAGCAAGAUCCCGGUGCGGUGGACAGCUCCGGAGGCGUUCCAGCACAGGAAGUUCAGCUCGGCCAGUGACGUGUGGAGCUUUGGUGUUCUGAUGUGGGAGGUGAUGUCAUACGGAGAACGCCCCUACUGGGACAUGAGCAACCAGGAGGUGAUGAAGGCAGUGGCUGACCAGUUCCGCCUUCCUGCCCCUCAGAACUGCCCGGCGGCGCUGCACUCUCUGAUGCUCCAGUGCUGGCAGGCCAACCGUGGAGACCGGCCAGGCUUCGACGUCCUCCUCUCCUCAUUGGACAGACUUAUCCGACACCCCGCCUCCCUCAAAGCAGAGCCCACACGAAGCUGCUCCCAGCCGCUGCUCAGCCCCACCCCCACAGACCUGUCGUGCGUGGCGACCGUCAGUGAUUGGCUGAGGGCACUGAGGCUGGAGCGGUACCAGGAUGCAUUUGACCGCGCCCACUUGGACUCUUUAGACAGAGUCAGCCGCCUCACCAUGGAAGAGAUGCCGGGGCUGGGGGUGAACCUGAUCGGGCACCAGAGGAAGAUCGUGAGCGCCGCGCAGCAGCUCAGGGCGUUCCUGGCGCAGGGGCAGGUGGAGGUGUGACCCUUGUGUACUUCAGUUCUGUUGUAAAUGGUACCAGUUACCAUGGUAAUCAUCACAUGGAGCAUGUUUAUGCCACUGGACAGUGCUGUCUGAUAAACUGGGCACUUUAAAAAGAAAAAGGGGAAAGGUCAAAUGGUCUGGUCCCAGUGUGACUGAAGAGAGGUUCUGACUGGACCAGGAACUGUUAAAGAUCAGAACUCUGAGUUCUUCCAUGUUUGUCACUGAACUUCACUUUGACUUCGUCCUCACCCAUCUGCUCCUACCUCCGACCCACUCACAUCACUGCUGCAUCCAGACAUGUUUUUGUACUUUAUGUAAUUAUCGGACAGAUCUCCACUCUGAGAACUGCGGACAGACAAUCAACCUAUAUAUUUGUAAAAAAUGUAUUACUUUUUCUUACCUGAAAGGCCCAAUUCUGUGGAAAAAAAGAGCAAAAAAGGCUGACCUUAUACUACCUACUGCCAUGCAGCUUGUGUUUAAAAAGCUCUCAGUGUUAUUAAUGCUGCAGAUGUUUGUUUGCUACAGUUCAAUGAUGACUUGUUUUUCCUGUUUUUGGCACAUGUCCAGAGCGGCUCCAGGAGCACUGAGCUGCAGCAUCUCCUUUGUACAUUUCACUGUUUGUUUGGUUCAAAGUGAAAUCACUGUCAUUGAAGCAUUGUGAAUGUGUGCUUUUGGAGGAAGAAGAAAAUGUCAUUUACACUUUACUGAAGAGGGUGAAAUGCUUUGUGCGCUGUUGUAUGUUUGAGUGUUCAGAUGUUCAAAUGUGACCGUGAGAUUGGAGUGUGUCGGGCUACACACCUUAGAUGUGUUUACAUGUUCACCAGUAUUCCAU